UUCCUCGCGCUAAAGCGGGCGCUCAGAGGGCAUUUUCUAAGCCCAGGAAGGGGGCGGGGCUGCACCUCCGGAGGAGCGGCUUCACCCACCGGUUUCUCGGACCCCGGCCCGCCCCACCCCCCACGAUGACCGACCACAUCUUCCUGCUGUUGCUCCUCGCUUCCUCCGUCCUGGGGGACCCGGACUCCGCGGGCAGGCGGACCCGGCAGCAGGUCUCCCAGCAGCGCGGGCGCCUCUGUUCCCUGGGCACGUGCCAGACACACCGCCUGUCAGAGAUCAUAUACUGGCUCCGCUCUGCCUCCACCAAGGAGCUCUCGGGGAAGGCUGGCCGCAAACCUCAAGACCCCCACAGCUACGGGCGCCGGCGGCGGCGCGCGGUCAGAGUCCAGCUGCGUCUCCAGGACCCCAGCCUGCGGCAAGGAGGGCAGCGCAGUGCCUAGCUCGUUGGGUGAUGUCGGGCACAUCUCUGCUCCUCCCCUGGCUUCAGUUUACCUAUCUGUGUAUUGGGGCCAUAACCCCAAGUUUCUUUUCCCCUAAGUCCACCACAUGGGCUCUCCCCAGGCUGCGACUGGGCUGGACCCACGUGCACACCACACCCAGCAUGGACAAGGGAUA